CGCAAUCUGAUUGGUUCCUGCGUGAAAACCAGGUAGUAGAAGGAAAACCACGCGGGUAAUAUUUUGUGUGACAAGUUUGACCUAGAUGGAGCCUCCCCUGAGCCCACGCGAGUCAGGGCGAUUCGUGGCUGAGCACAGCCUGGAUGUGAGGGUGGAGGAGGAGGGGGUGGAGCAGGUGGCAGAGAUGCUCUACAGACUAAGAAACUCUGAGGAGUUGAGCGCAGACGGCUGGAGAAAGGCUAACCCGCUGGCCCCAGACCCCACCUCUGACCAGGCAAUAAACUGGGUGUUUGUGGUCGACACCAUGAACUUCUCAUUUUGGCCCGACUCGGACUCGCAGCAGUGUGAGGUCACCUACAGGGGGCGCACUUACACAGGUUAUAUGACUCUGUGUGCUGCAAUCUCCAGAGCCAUGGACGAAGGUGUCCCCAUCACAGAUCCUCAGUUCUUCUCUCACGUGAGUCUGGAGCAGCUCCGACAUGUGCUGAGGUCAGACAACGACACGCCGAUGCCCAUGAUCCUCCAACGUCAUCAGGUGCUGACUGAAGCCGGGCGUGUUCUGAUGGAGCACGGAGGAAGCUUCCGGAGUUUUAUCAGCCAAGCCGGGAAUGACGCCCAAAGGAUGGUGGAACUUAUCACGGAACGCAUACCAUCAUACAGGGACCAGGCUGUGUACCAGGGGAGGGUCCUCUCGUUCCAUAAGCGAGCCCAGAUCUUGGUGUCAGAUUUGUGGGGCGUCAUGGCGGCGCGUGGAGAAGGGGACAUCUCCAACAUGGACUCUCUCACCAUGUUCGCAGACUACAGGGUCCCACAGGCUCUAGUCUAUCUGGGGGCUUUGAAAUACUCUGACCAACUCAUGGAGACACUGAAGAGAGGUGAGCUGCUGCCCUCUGGUGACAGGAGGGAGGUGGAGAUCCGCGGCUGUUCGAUCUGGGCGGUGGAGCGAAUAAAACUGCACCUGUGUCGAUUGGUCCAGGAGCGCGACAAACAGAAGUGCCCCAUAAACUCUGUCAUCAUUGACUUUUACCUGUGGCCUUACGCAAAACAGCACCACCAGCAGAUGGCGCACAUCCCCAUUCACCACACACGCUGUAUUUACUACUAAAGCUGCACAGUACGUCACAAUGAAGUCAAAGCAACUUUUUAGGAUCCCUAGAGUUUAAGCUGAGCUGGAGACAGGUCAUAAUUCCAUGAUGGGGAAUUCUGACCUGAAUUCUCUGCUAUUGUGCCCCGCAACAUCACGGAUAGCGUCACUACUUCUUGUUCAAUUCUGUCUCUGAGGCUUUUGCAGAGUCACACUAAAAUGUGCAAAUAUUUAAAGAUCAGACAGUGGACAGGGCACUGCGGGUGGAUGUCACUGACGAUAUGUUAAAAACUACACAAAUAAAAUGAAUGCUGAAUACCGGAGUACACUUCUGUGUGCUGUGUCUCAAUGCUAAUGCUAAUUUUGAAGCAUGCUGUAUAUUAAAACAACACCACAAACUUAUCUUUACUUAUGAAAAUAACUGGGUAGUGUUUAUUUUAAUUGGUCGUUUAUUUUAUAUUUUCUGAUUUGAAUAAAAGUGACUCUUAACCUUGAGACACAGUGAGCUAGGCUGAUGCUGUGCACAGAGCCUAUUCAUUGUUUUUGCCAAAAUUGUGCAAACUUACCGUAUUUACUACUAACAUGGUGGCGCAUUGGUUGGCAGCAGAUCAGCACAACCAGAGCUGCUUUCCUUAGUCAGUGUUGUGUAGAGACGAGAGGAGACCUGGGACAGAGCCAGACCAGAUGGUUUCAGAUGUAGUAGGAAAUAGAAUAAGUACCAACAGACGUAUGAAUGAACUACAACAGUGAUUCCCAAAAUGUGGUAACAGGCUGCCAGUAUAAGCACUGCAGGUAUGUUAUGCCAUAUAGUUCCCCCUCUACACCCCUUUUAAACUGGGGGUGGUGGAUGAGUGAUACAUUGGGCAGAGUGUGGGAACUGAGUUACAGCAACAAAAAGACGUUAACAUUAUUGUGUCUCACUGACUGAAAUAAAAAUAAACCC